GCUCUCGGCGUGUAGAUCUCUAGGCCCGUGGCGUGUGCAGCAGUGUGUCGUGAAGAAAAUUCAUCGUGGCUCGUGAAGUUUGUGAAAUCCGUCACGAAUUGUGUGGCUCUGGAGGGUUCUGAGUUUCACGGAAGGUGGAAAAUCCAGCCGGAAAGUUCGUAACUUGGGCUCGGAAAAUUAACACGACCUAGAAACCGCGAGGAGGAAAAAUUUUCCACAUCACAGCCUGGGUCUUGGGUGGGAAGAAAAGAGAAGGAAAUCUUGAGAGUGAAGUGGCCCUCCUCUAUUCGUGGAACGGAUUCCUCAGUUCGAGUUCGAGUCGGUCGGUCCAUCCAUCCGCUCGUGGUUAGUCUUGUCGGUCGUGUCGUGUGGUGGUGCGUUUUGCUGCCCCUUUACACAGUGAGUGUGUUGAGGUGCGAGAAUUGGAAGAGAACCAAACCAAGGUGGAAAACGCCAAAAGGGAAAGAAGCUCCAUUCAGACGGACGGACAGCUGCUAUUAGCGCGGCUAGGCCAAACCAAGGGGGAAGAAUCGAGGACAGUUAGUCUUGAGUUCGUGGCGCUCCGGAGUUUUUAUCUAAUUAUGAGCCAGUUCCUAGCGGUUCACUGUGGUCAGUCUGUGUAGUAGUGCGAUCCGCUGCGCGAGCGGACGGAGUGAAAUUCGUGAAAAACUUUGAAAAUCUUGAAUCAUCAUAUCGUGCACGGGAAAAUCGUAGCCGGAGGAAGCGAGUGAGCGAGCGAGCGAGCGAGUUACAGUUAGACGACACUUUUUCAGGAAAUUUGAUCUCGCUGAACUCGCAGCACCAUGCCACCAUCUUACUGCUCGGUCGCCGGAUGCUCAAACUGUAGAAGCCCUACGUGCAGUCUGUACUGCUUCCCCAAGGAUGAUGCUGUGUGCAAGCAGUGGGUCGAGUUCUGCAACCGUCCCGAGCUGUGGAAAAAGUACGACGAAAAUGGCCCCGAGUACCUGUACAAGAGUUCGCGUAUCUGUUCCGAUCACUUUCAGCCGAACGACUUCAACAAUCCAAAUCUUUUCAGUCAAGGGCUGAAAAAAGGUUCGGUGCCCACACUGUAUCCAGCCAGUAAAGAACCAAAGACUCGCAUCAGCAUAGGUGGUGGCUUCGGCGGAGGCAAUUCGCCACCCAAUGGACACCACAACCAACAACAACAGCAGCCAGACCAUGAUUCACUCAUCUUGUCAAUGUCAACGAAGCGACCGCUGCCUGUACACCAACAGCAAAGUCAGCAGCCGGUUGCCAAGCGAAGAUCUCUCCCUCCUGCAGCCACAUCCGCCGCCACCCUCGCAACCCAUGCCGCCGUCAGUGGCGCGCUGGCUGGACUUAUUCAGCGCCAACAGCUGAAAGAGCAGCAGAGGAAGGCGUUCGCUGCAGCCCUCCAACUCCAGGCACAACACCAGCAACAACAGCAGCAGCAGCAGAACCAGCAGCCACGAUCGCUACUGGCCUCGGUCAAGCAAAAGACCGCCAAUAACAACAACAACAACAACAACAUCAUCAGCAACCUCAACGGCAAAGCAGCGGCAGCUGCGGCACAGGAAAAACUCGAGGAUGAACGAGGGUACGGCAUCAACUACGUGGACAUGGACGGAGGAGAUUCGUCCGAAUACGAUUCCAGUUACCAGGCCGAAGAUGAACUAGUUGCGUACAAGCAGCUCCAGCAGAUGAAAGCCGUCAAGGCGGCGGCCGCCGUCAUCCCGGCCUCGCUCAAAUCGGAACUGACCGUCACGGCCGCAGUAAACCACCACAACAACAACAAUAAUAAUAACAACAGUAGCAAGGACAAGGACGGCCUAUCGCCCUCGAACGGCACAGUCAACUACAAGGAAAAGUACGAGCAAACGCUGAAGGAGCUGUUCGCUUGCCGUAAGAUCGUCAAAAACCAGAACAACGCUAUCCAGCAGCUGCAGGGCGAGAUAGACUUCCUGAACCAGCUGCUGAAGGAGAAAUGAUGGCCUACGGAGGGCAGUACUAUGGUGCCAAUGGUUUUCUAGAUUUAGAGGAUGAUCCGUUGUCGUGUUGUUUUGUAUUUUGCGCGGAGGAAAGCGGAAGCAUUCGUCCCUUACCCUUUUUGUAUAGUCUAGCAUUAAAAAUGUUUAGCUUUUAAACCAUACGAGGUAGUACAAGGAGUAAACAAAUUUAGUUCUUUUUUUUUUGUAACAUAAUUUAACCUGGAGUUUACGAAGAGCACUGAUGAUGUACCAGCAAAAAAAAAUCAUUCAAUAGCUAUCGAUUGUUAUUUUCUGCCCUAUUCUCUAGUGCCAGUAAGUUUGUAACAGAGCCAGAAAUAGUAUUUAUUGCCUUGGUUAGCGAGGAGAGAGCUUUCAGAGAAAUAUUUGUAACGCGUUUUUGAAGGAUUCAGCAAAAUCUUGCUAGUGAUAGUUACCAAUCAGCGUGUUUUUCUUUCGUGUUUUAUCAGUCACAGAAGCAUUCAGACAUUCCGAUACCGGUUACCAUCUGGAGCGAGAACCAGCUUGUUGCCCUAAUCAGCCAUUUUCUGUUAAGUGCAGGCAUUUUAGAUUUACAAACAUCGUACUUUGAUACAUUAAUACGCACCUUCGAAUGCCAGUAAAACAAAGUUAAAAGUCAACGCUUUGUGCAUCACAUUAUUUACCAUACGGACAACAGUUGAAAACGGGCGCCUAGUUUUAGCUUAAAGAAAACAUACGAAUUAUAUGGCGGAGCCAGUUUCUGAGCGAAGAUUGGACGGACAGUUAUACGAAAACACAAAACAGGAGAAGAAUGCGCCUUCAAAAUAAAAAUUAGUGUACAUGAAAACAAGUAAAAGAUAAUAAUUUAAGAAAUAAAUGUGUUGGAGAAAACAAAUUUGAAAAAAUGGUUUCGAAUACAAACAAAUAGUCAUACAAAUUUGAUAAGCUCUAAUUAAAAUUGUGUAUAGUAUAUUUGGGGAUGUAUUUAGGAUUACCCUGUUCUCGAGAGUCAUAAGUAACACACAAAACAAAAAUUUGACUAGUUAUGAUCCAUGAGAGUGAACUAAGCAAACCAAAACAAACACAGCAUUAUUAAGGAUUGACUAGUGUGGAGGUGGAUUUGAAACACAGAAAUAAGCCGAGUGUUGUUAAGGAUAGUGUAGUUGACCGUAAAAAAACAAAACUACAAACCAAAUAAAAGUUUGAAAAAGUAAAA